AUGGCUUUGGCGUUGGAGGGGAAAGUAGAUUUUGUUGUUUUGGUGUGUGAGAAGGGUGGGGGUUCCAAGUAUAGUCUAAUCUGUGUAGGCAAGAUCAGGUUUCCAUGUCUUGCGGAACAAGCGUGGUCGACAUCAACAAGGUUUACGGGCUUUGCCUAUCAUUCUGGAGCUCAACUGGGUGUGGUGGCAUCGUUAGUCCGUUUAGGCGGCUUAGUUCGAUUCAGAGCCUAUGUCAUCCCUCUCACCGCAGUCAUAGAGCACUACGCCAAUGCCGGAAGAACCAAUGAUGCUUUCAAAGUGUUCUUGUACAUGUUAGAAACCGGGGUGAACCCUAAUGCAUACACCUAUACUGUUAGAUUUUUGGAUCGCCGGGCCCGCCCCCACUCUAACGACACUGAUAUUGUCCCCAACUUUACCAUAUGCCCAAUCCGCCAGGUUUCUUUGAACCCCACCGAUGUGGGACAUAUAACAUAUAUUGUAACCAUCAAGGCACUUACUGCUUGCUCCCCAAGCAACCUCAAUUUCUCCUUUUUCGUUGAGUUUGCGAAGAAGUACUUUGUGGAGAUGCUGGACAAGGGAUUGCAACCUACUCUGGGGACCUACUUUGCCUUGGUUGAGAGAAUUGAUGAAGGCAGAGACAGGGAGGAGUUUGUGGAGCUGGUUAAAGCUAAGGGGUUCAUGCCAACAGAAGUUGAUUUUCGUCAAGGGAAAGAGCUUGAAGAUGAAACCAAAGACACUAGUGAUAAGGAAAUGCAACAAAUUUUCAAAAAGAUGCUGCUAUUACAAAUGCGCUCCACUUCAAUUAGGAAAGAUGCAUUGAGGAUGUACCAUGGUCUGGUAAAGGAGGGCCAGGUUGACGAAGCCAAGGAGAUCUUUAAACAAACCAAGGAGAAGGGCAUACUGCUCGACGUGGCCAUCCACACUGUCGUGAUUGAGGCCUACGCCAAUGCCGGGAAGGCUAAGGGUGCUCUCAAGGCUUACAAGCACAUGUUGGCCAAUGGGAUCAAACCCAAUUUAUAUACUUAA